AUGUUACCAACACCUCCACCAUCACCACCGCCUGUUUCAAUAUGCGAUGCUCCGGAAGAUAGGCUCGGAUUGUUGCUUGCCAACCGGCUGGAACUCACGAGCGUUCUUGGGAUAGGUGCCUAUGGUGUUGUGUAUUCUGCUAUCGACAUCCAUACCCAUGUGCCGUACGCUGUCAAGGCCCUCAAUAAGGGAGGACUCGACCCCAAACAGCUAAAGUUUCAACAACGAGAAAUCAGGCUUCAUCAUUUGGCUAGUCAACAUCCCAAUGUGGUUUCUUUGGUCCGCAUAAUGGAUUCUCUUGAGUGUACUUUUGUUGUCAUCGAGUUUUGCCCAGAAGGCGAUCUGUUUUCCAACAUUACCGAAAGAGGUCAGUUCGUUGGAAACGAUUUCCUUGCCAAGCGGGCUUUUCUCCAGAUUUUGGAUGCCGUGCAGUAUUGCCACUCCAUUGGAAUCUAUCACCGGGAUCUCAAACCAGAAAACAUUUUGGUCACGGAUCAUGGAAUGACAGUCAAGCUGGCCGACUUUGGCCUUGCCACGACUGAUUUCUACACGUCUGAUUUUGGAUGUGGCUCAACGUUCUAUAUGUCACCAGAGUGCCAACAAUAUAACCCGCGACCAUAUGCUUCUGCACCAAAUGAUGUAUGGAGUCUUGGAGUCAUCCUGGUAAAUCUCUGCUGUGGGCGGAAUCCAUGGAAAAGAGCAUCCGCGGAAGAUACCACCUUCCGCGCCUUUCUCAAGGAUCCACAGUUUCUGAGGACAAUCUUACCCUUGUCCCCCGAGCUCGAUUCUAUCUUGAGGCGCAUUUUUGAGUGCAACCCCCAGAAGAGAAUUUUAAUUCCAGAACUGAGGAAAUUGAUUGUGGAAUGUCCUAGAUUCACCGUUCGCGCCGGGUCUUCUUGUUUAUCCGCACCCUCCACCCCUGCUUGUCUGAGCUACCAAUCUCCGAAGGAAUCUUUUGGCCUCUUCAACUAUAUUCCAUGCCCAGUCUCACCUCCAGCCGAACCAAUCAACGUCCAAUAUUCGCUGUCAGCGGGUUCUGAUACCUCUCUCUCUGAUAGCGGGUCCUCUAUCUCGUCUUCAUCUUCUUCAUCCGAAUAUACGCGUUGCAGCCAAGCAUCGAAUCGAAUUGGAUACGCCCCACCUUCAAGAGUACCUAAUUUCUGGGGUUCCAUUAUACCACUCAGCGACAUUGGCGAUAAGGACAUAUCACGACAACACCCCAUGGAACCCGCAAUUGCCGUAUAUUGA